ACAGUUCAAUCCGAUAAUAAAUACCUGGUUAGCUGCCUAGCAAAUGUUUCACCUUGUCUUUCUUCUUUACUGGCAUAACCAUCAUAUACCACUGGUUGAGCCUGUUCCUCUCCCAUAUCUUGCUUAGGUAUAAGCAGUUUUUUAUAAGAACAAUAGAAAAUAGUUGACAUCUACAUACGUUCAAGAUGAUCUUGACAGACAUCUUCUCCAUGAUCCUCCGCCUGGCGGAGCUGGCGUUCGGAGCCAUCGUCGCCGGAAUCAACGGGCAGUAUCUCCACGCUGUCAGGCAUACAGAUAGUUGGGACCAGGGCCGUUUCAUCUACACCGAAGUGGUAGCUGGUAUUGCCAUCUUCCUUUCCAUUAUUUGGCUCUUCCCGUUCUCGGGUAGUUUCGUUCACUGGCCUGUCGACCUUAUUAUUUCCAUCUGUUGGUUCGUUGCUUUCGGGCUCCUUGUCGACUAUCUCAAUGGCGGCUGCGGAUAUGCCUUCGAUUGGGGUAAUGUUUCCUUCCGCAAUAGUGACCAGUGCGGAAAAUGGAAAGCCGUCAUGGCCUUCUCUUUCCUGUCCGCUAUUUGCUGGCUCGUUUCAGCAAUCGUCGGUAUCGUCUGGGUGCGGGAUCACGAGGCCCGAGCUUACCGUCGCCGAAGAUGGCGCGGUUCCCGUGUCUAAGAGACACUCGCUCUUAGACACUCGCAAUGAAAUCAACACCCGGGGUUUAUACCGCUUGUAGCUUAUGUUCGGCGCCCGAUCCGCAAAGACAUUCGACCACCCCGUAUACCGUUUAUCGGCGGCGAAGACCCUCCCCUUUUUU